GGCGGAGGCGGCGGCAUAGCCUCGGCGGCGACGGCAGGCGAGCUGGAGUCUGCUUCUCCUCGCUGCAAUAAAAUGAAGGGUCAGAUGCAGUCCGGGCGAGCCAGAGGUUUCCGCGUCUCUGCCCCAGACCAGAGCAGUAGAAGGCAGGAGAGACUGAGAGUGCACGUCGCCCACUUCUCCACACCCGGUGCGGGCAGUGCACACACCACACCGCAGCUCCCCCCUUCCCCCGCCAGCAGCCCCCCUUCCUCCUCCUCCUCCUCCUCAAUUCUUCGCAAAUCAGUUAACUUUUUCUUCUGCUUCCCUCUGGAAUGGAGAAGUGAUCGGACAUUCUUUACGGGGAAGAAGGGGAAAUGUCUCCGGACGAAUAAGAGACACGCAGAUUUUAAGAGACUCUCGGCUCCUUCUGAUGGUACUAGACAGGAAGAAGCCGAAGAAGAGCUUAGCGAGGAAGAGCAUUGGUUUGGGAACUCUUCAGAAACCCCAUCAGAAGCAUCUUAUGGAGAAGUCCAGGAGAACUUCAAAUUAUCCUUUGAGGACAGGAUUCAAGAGCAAUCCACAUCUCCAGACACUUCUUUGGGAAGCGGGACUCCUAGCAGCAACACAUUGGAGUUGGUGGCUGUUGAGAAUGAGGCCAUAAGGGAUGUAUUACAGAACAAGGAACACCUCUCCUCUAGUGUAUCUUCUAUCUGUGAGGAUGACACUCCUGGCCCAAACAAACCAUUGAGUAGUAACUUGAGACGUCUGCUGGAGGCUGGUUCUCUUAAGCUAGACACUACUGUCACAGUUAAUGGACAGGUUGAGUCCCCUGUAAAUCUUGGCUCGAAUAUCUCUUUUUCUCCACCUACACAUCAUGCUCAGCAGCUAAGUGUCCUUGCUAGAAAGCUAGCUGAAAAACAGGAACAAAAUGAUCAGUAUGGCCCAAACACAGGGUUCAUAUGGAAUCAAGGCAAAUGGUUGCCAAACUCUAUGCCCUCUUGCGGCUUGUCUCCAGAUUCAGCAAUCCUAAAAUUGAAAGCCGCUGCCAAUGCAGUCCUUCAGGACAAAUCUCUUUCUCGAACUGAAGAUCCAACAAUAAGGUUUGAAACCUUUUCCUCACCGUUUAGUUCUCAGUCAGCAAGCUCCACCUUAGCUGCGUUAUCAAAGAAGGUCAGUGAAAGAAGCAUGACUCCUGGGCAGGACCACUCACCACCAGCAAGUUCUUUUCUUUCUCUCGCCUCAAUGACUUCUUCAGCAGCCCUACUCAAGGAGGUUGCUGCAAGAGCUGCAGGCAGCCUUUUGGCUGAGAAGAAAAAGUCACUAGUUGUAGAAGAUCCCCUGCAGCUUUCAGACAUGAAGCAAGAGAAAGUGACUCCACCACAGUCUUUGGAACUAUUGUUACUUCCAGCCCCUAAAGGAAGAGCUUCUAAAACCACAAAUUCAGCCUCAGAAGAAGAAAGUGGAAAACCUUUCCAAUGUCCAAUCUGUGGCUUGGUUAUAAAAAGGAAGAGCUACUGGAAGCGACACAUGGUGAUCCAUACAGGCUUAAAAAGUCAUCAGUGUCCUUUAUGUCCAUUUCGUUGUGCACGUAAGGACAAUCUGAAAUCACAUAUGAAGGUUCACCAGCACCAGGACCGGGGAGAGACAUUUCAGUGCCAGCUGUGCCCAUUUACUUCCUCUCGCCAUUUCAGUCUCAAACUCCACAUGCGUUGCCAUCAACACUUCCUGAGGACAGAAGCCAAAGUGAAGGAAGAGAUCCCAGAAAUGGAUGUCAAGGUCUCACCACUACUCAGUGACAAUUCCAGAAUGGGGCAGGAGGUGGAUGGAGGAACAGACCAUGUAGGGACUACUGCUGCCUCUAGAUCUCCUGAUGCACUUGGACAGAUGGGAACUGCCAUCCCACCUCUGCUAGUCAAAGAAGAACCCAAAGAUGACAGCAGUGCCCCUAGCCCCUCUUUUGCCCUCAAUGUUGUUGACAGAAUUGCCAACAGCACAAAGCUAAAAGACUCCAUUGACUUUGUGACCAAUACAGCAUCAGCACUUUUCAGCCAGGAUAUCUCAGUCAAGAUGGCAUCAGAUUUUCUCAUGAAGCUCUCAGCUGCAAAUCAAAAAGAACCAUUGACGCCUACAUUUAAAGUGAAAGAUGAACCGAAAGAUGAGGACAAUGCAAGUUCCACGUCGUCCAAAACCAGUUAUGGUUUUAGUCAUGAACCUGAAGUAUCUGCGCCAAGUAUUCCUAAGGAGAAUCUCAAACCACAAGAAGUGCCAGCAAAUGUUCUGCAGCAGGAUAUGUCAGUCAAAGCAGCAUCUGAACUUCUCAUGAAAUUAUCAG